GACCUUUUAGAAUUGAAGUAUUAUUGCCACGAAGCAUUAUCGAAGACUAAGAAGAGAUUGAAAGUCUAAUUUUUUUCGUGGAACCGUAUGAACAUCUCAGCAAAUUGCCCAUGUCCAUUUUUUUUUUUUCCUCUCUAUUGCGUCUCCUCUUACUUUCCUCUCCUUUUCCUAUCCUUCUCUCUUCCACUGAUUCUCGCCUGGUUAAUCUUUAGUAGGCGUCAUCUCUCGAAAACAACACUCUUUCCUUUAGUUCUUCCAGCUGCUGAUCUCUAGUUCACUUUUGAAAUCUCAGCUGUAAGUAAUGCGGAAGCAAUUUACUCCUCAAAAUCGUACCUUAAAUUAGAAUCAUCACCCGCUGACUCCAUUUUGCACCGGUAUGCGCCGUUGACAACUAUUCACUUUCAGUAGAGAUUAAUUUUGAACUUGUUGAAGAAGCACUUUCAAUCACUCCAGCCGAAAAUAUAGAACAUACAUGUGGAUUAUAUCUCGAGUUGUAAGUACUAGCCUUUUUUGCCGAGGGUCAAAGUCGGUGAUAGCCCAUUUAGCGC